AAGACAACUAAUAAAUGUAUGAGUUAUGACUUAUUAAAAAUGGGGCGUUAUGGCCAAAAUGAAACCAGAAAAAAAAAAAAAAAAAUCAGUGUCAUUCAAAAUCUAUGCUAUAAAUUGUGGAACCAAAUUCACAAAAAUAACAAUCUCCAAGUGAAAAAAUUCAAAAAUGUCAAAAUUGAUGGGGUCAUCUCUAGUAUUCGUAGUCAUUAUACUAAUGGUAACCAUCAACCUGUGCCCACUGCAAGCAGACCCAAUUUCUAUGGAAGUAAAUCACAAUGUCACGGUAGCCGAAUCCGACAUAACGUAUGCUCCAUCUCCUUCUAGAGACCCAGCAUUGGCAAUUUGUGCGUCGAGAAUAACGUUAGACUGCGGCGUCGAGAUUAUUAGAAACGACGAAUUCUUUACAGUUCAUUUGGGGGAUAAAUGUUGUAGGCAGCUCAUACGGAUGGGUAAGACAUGUAACGAUUUGAUUGUUCAUGAUCUGCUCUCUGAUUUCGCUAAGUUUAAGAAACGAUCUACUGAAAUGCAUCAAAGGAGUGAUUAUCUUUGGAACAAGUGCCUCAACGUCGGCACUUCCAAUUCCUAUACCGAGCAGAAAUGGCUUUCAGGGUUUUUGGAGACUGGAAAGAUAAUAAUCGAUGUGGGGAAUACAGUUGCAAAAAUGCUACAUGGUUAAAACUUAAAACUAGCUUUAAUUUUUCUAUACCGUACCGUACAGAUGAUAUCCAGACUGCUAAUCUAUAAUAUGUAUGAGAAAUUAACUAAAUAAAGCUACUUCUAAGAUCCGUCCUAAUUAAAUAUUUUAUGAGAAUCAUUUUUUAUGUUGUAGCAAAUGAUUC